AUGUCUCGGCAAUCGACAUUCUCGAAUACUAUCCACUUGCGAGACUUUGUGGACAACAUCACCGACGACCCGAGUCGGGAAAACACCCCCAACUACGUCGAGAUCCAGACCGAGGUCAAUAUCUUCGAGGAGGAUGGCUUCUAUAGUUCUGGCGUCGACGUCGAGCCUAUCCGUACCCGCAUUCAUGCCUAUCUCACACGGGAAGAGCGGGAUCUCUACAUGCCGAACGCCUUCUUCUAUGCCGACGGCCGCUUCUCCGCCGCCUUGUCCACGGACGGCACCCUGGAGAUCAGCGUCCAGGCCCUCAGUUUGUCGAGGUACUAUCGCCGCUACUUACCACGGCAGUGGUGCCCGAUGGUGACCGUUAUCGGAUCCGUGCCAUCGCCCAGCGACAACACCAGCGACCCUUCUGAACCUCGCCGCUUCACUAUUGAAACAUCCGUAUACGACGCCUCAAAGGCAUCUCCAGUCCCGUUCUCCGUAACUUGCUUCUUUGAAAAUACAAAGCGGUGGCAAAAAGUCAGAACACCAUCACCUGGAGCUCUCCUGAGCAUCACCGCCAAGGUAGCUGGCCGCACCACUGACACCAAUCAACUGGCCCUCCGUGUCCUUGACUUGGCCUACAUGCCG